CGCUUGUCAACGCUGCACCUGCGGUGCCUUGCAGGAAAUACCGGUAUUGGAGUCUGCUGAAUGCUAGUAGAACUAGCUUUGUACGUGCUGCGAAAGAGAUUUGCAACGUGUGCCACCGUGUGCGACGAAACGAGAGACUUUUUUCGCCAAUUUGACAACUACCGACAAGAACGACCGCCGCAGAAUGUCCCUUGAAGAAAACUUCAACAAGGCCGUUGAGGAUGUGAAAAACCUGAAGGCAACCCCGGCCGAUGCGGACCUGCUGGUCAUUUACGGGCUGUACAAGCAGGCGACGGUUGGUGACUGCAACACGGAGAAGCCGGGCUUCCUCGACUUCAAGGGGAAAUCGAAGUGGGAGUCGUGGAACGGCCGCAAGGGCACCUCCCAGGACGAUGCCAAGCAGGCGUACGUGGACAAGGUGAAGGAGCUGAUCGAGCAGCAUGGACUGAAGUAAAGCAUCCUCGCUCCUCCUCCCUCUCCUCGGACUCUUGGUAGCUGCGGUUUGUGUGUUGGUGCGCGCACGUACGCUUGUGAACAUAUUUUUGCGGUACAAAUUUAACCUAUAUUAUCUACUACUCUUCAUUUCGCACAAUCUCAGAGUACGCCAUCCUACCAGCGUGUAGGCAUUUGAGAAGCGAACGGAAACGGAACGUUUAAUUGCGUUGAAUUCAGUCUCGAACUAACGGAAAGACUUAGCCCUUAACGAUCAAGAAUGAUGAUUUGAAAUUUUGUUGAUUUAUUUUCUAUUGAUCUUUAUUAAAUUCUCUUUAAGCGCUUACGAAAGCAAAAUACAAAGGAAACGGAAAAGGAAAUGAUAUCCUUUUGUAAUGUUUGUUUAAAAAUACUGUAAUAUUUUGCUAUGGAAUAAAUUAACAUCACGAGUACGAACCGUC